CAUGCGGAAGCCACGUGUGCGUCGCGGGGUCACGUGGCCCGGCGCUGCCGUAGCGGCUCCUGGCUGUAGUGAUGGCGGGCGCUGCCGAGAGGAAGAAGCAGGUUCGCUUCGCUCGUCUGGAGGAGGAGGAUGAAGGCGGCGGCGGAGGAAACCGCCACGAGGCAGAGAGUGAGUUGAUGGGGGCGGCGGCGGCGGCAGAGCCACUCGGGGGCUCUGCUGCGCGGCUCGCCCUUCAGCCGCUGGUCGUGGUGGCCGAGGGCGGCAGCGGCGGCGGCCGAAGAAGCCGGGUUGGAGGCGGCGGCGGCGACAGCGCGGCAAAGCGGGAAGCGGCUGUGGCGGCGGCUCCGCGGCGGGCGCUGAAGUGGUGCACUUCGGCGGCUCUCUGCGCUGCUUUCCUGGGCCUGGGUAUGGCCAUUGCUAUCCUAGGGCCCACAUUUGAAGACCUGGCCGCAAAUGUGAACAAAAAUGUCAGUCAAAUUUCUUACAUUUUUGUGGGCCGUUCGUCGGGGUACUUUGGUGGUUCCCUGAUUGGUGGUAUACUUUUUGAUUGCAUGAAUGCCCAACUUCUAUUGGGAUUUUCUAUGAUGGGUACAGCUCUGGGACUUUAUGUAAUCCCCUGGUGCAAUAAAGCACUUCUGUUAACAUUCAUGAUGUCUGUCAUUGGGUUUGCAAUGGGAGUCCUUGAUACAGGUGGCAAUGUUCUUGCCUUGGACACAUGGGGAGCAGAAGCCGGUCCGCAUAUGCAGGCCUUACACUUCAGUUUUGCUCUGGGUGCUUUUGUGGCUCCCAUCCUGGCCAAGAUGGCACUAGGUGGCUCCACUAUUGAUUCUCCAGUUCUGUUGGGUGGUCAUGUUGACAACCAGUCUGUCGUGAAUUCUCUUCCUGCUGCUACACCAGUCCUGAAGCUGCAUUUAAGCUUGAACUUUAUGUGGUCUUAUGUUGUUAUAGGCAGUUAUCUUUUGCUUGUUGCAUUGUUUUUCCUUGUUUUGUGUUUGAAGAGCAGUCCUGUCCGCGACAGGACAAAGUUUUCCACACAGAAAUACCAGAUUGCUAAAUACCACCGUGCCGUCAUAUGUCUCCUCUCUGUGUUCUUUUUCUGGUAUGUAGGGGCAGAGGUCACUUAUGGUUCUUACAUUUUUACCUAUGCAAAAACCUUCGCUGCCAUGAAGGAACGGGAAGCAGCUGGGUUGAAUUCCCUCUUUUGGGGAUCGUUUGCAGCUUGCAGGGGACUGGCAAUCUGUUUUGCUGUUUGCGCUUACCCUGGAACUAUGAUCCUUCUGAGUGUCAUAGGCUCCACUCUGUCAUGCCUAUUCCUGGCACUGUUCAGUACAUACCCAAUCUCUCUCUGGCUUGGCACUGCAGUGUAUGGAGCGUCCAUGGCGACUAUCUUCCCUAGCGGCAUUUCCUGGAUUGAGCAGUAUACAACCAUCCAAGGGAAAUCUGCAGCAUUAUUUGUAAUGGGUGCAGCUCUGGGGGAAAUGUGUAUUCCUGCAGUGGUUGGCUUCCUUCAAGGACACUUUCCUGCUAUCCCUGUGCUCAUGUAUUCUGCGUUGGGAGCAGCAGCCAUGACAUCAGUGCUGUUCCCUGUGAUGUAUAAAUUAGCUACAUCACCCUGUGAUGCUAAACUGAAGGAUGCUGGAGAUGGUGAGCUUCAGGAAGCCUUAUUGUCCCAUUCUCACCUUGAGGAUAAUGAUGAUGAUGACGACGAUGGCAGAGAAUGGAAUGAAGUAGACUUUGAAGUAAUUGAGAUGAAUGACACUAUGAAGAACUCUGUCAUAGAAACAUCCAAGAAGAUCGAAGGGGAAUUGACACCUGCCACCUCUGGUCACCCUUCUUCAAGAAACAUUUUUAAUUCUUCUCCUCGGCUUACUGUCGGCUCCCCAAAACAAAAGAAUUCUAGUAAGAAUGACUAAGCCUCUCUUGCUUUAAGAACAAGAGGUUCACCAGACACUUAUUAAAGUGGUGAGAAGCUUGGUUAAAUCCCAGUUAAAGUUGGUUUUUGGUAUAACUGUAUUUGCAGGUACCAAAAAGGGAUGAUGUGCUGGAGCCAUUUAUGUGAGCAUGAUGGUAGUAGAAAAAGCAAACAAAAGCCAGGUUUUCAUAAAUCCAUAUUCUAGUGUUUCUUUAGGCAGAUGCUGAGCUUACAUCUGGGAAGCA